CGAGAAAUGACAAGCUGCCAUCCCCUCAGGCUGGGCCUCAGCUGAUGCUGACGAUGACCAUCUCUUGUCCCGUCCAGCCACUAACACACCCCGCCGCCGCCUGAGCACAUCGCGAUGAAGCAGCGUUCACCGAUGAGGGACCUCGGCGUCCCGCUGCUUGCCCAUCAUCAAGAUCCCCAUGUGUCGGCUGCAGUCCGCUCCUCGUCCACGACGCGUGCCGGCGGCCCAGCGCCAUACAGCACCAUGGCGGUGCGUGAGGCCAGGGGUGCCGAUGUGGCAAUCAACACAAACACCACGGUGACCGGCGGCAGCAGCGGGAGCGUUGGCUUCAAGACGCACCGGUAUCCGUGGCUGGACCUGUACAGAGGGCUGUUGUGUGUGGUCAUGGCCUGGGAGUGCGCCAUUGUCUUCCUCGAGAGCGUUGCCGAGGCCGCCAGCGGAGAGGAAAACUGGACAGGUCAGACAGACAGACAGACAGACAGACAGAUGGACAGACGAGGGAAGUGCAGCGCGUGUGGGUGUGGGUGUGUUGUGUGUGUUGGUGGUGUGUGUUUGCAGGUGCGCUGACGGAUUACAACGACGAUAUAGGUUACUUUGUGGCCCGGCAAGUGAGCAUGGUGUGCGCGCCUGGCUUCUUUUUCUGUAUGGGCGUCUCCAUGACGCUCUUCGCCAUGCACAGAAGAGAAAAGGGAUGGAACAGACUCAGGGUAGGGAGGGAGGGACGGACGCACGCACGCCGGCCCGCGGCACUCAGACAGACAGACAGACGCACACCACCACCAACGGACAAACAGCAGCUCUCAUGCAUAUCUGUCGCAUCGCUUCGCAUCGCGUGUGUGUGUGAGUGUCUGCAGAUAGCUCGUCAUUUUGUGGUCCGCGGCGUGUUGUUCCUGCUGCUAGAUCGGGUGGUGUCGGUCAUCAUCGCCUCAGACCUCAUCGCCAAGCAGCCCUUCUCGCCUCCCCCCACACCAUCAUCCCCACCGCCCUCCCCUCCCGAGCCCUUUCCGCCGUCGGCCAUCGAGCGGUACCGGCAGAUCACCGCGGCCCACGGCAUCUUUCCCUCCCUUCUCAUCGGCUUCUACCAGCCCCUCACCGCACUCGGCGUCUCUUGUGUCCUUGUGGGCCUGCUCAUGCCCGUCAUAAUGGCCACAGCGCAGCAGCGGCUCAAGACACCGUUGGCGAGCUACCCGCCGCAGCUCAGGAAGAGGCGGCUUGGGAGGGGGUGGGCGGCCGUGAGGCGGCGGCUGCUCGAGUUUGUCAAUUUUGCUGUGGGGCAGGCGCUGGCCGUGUCGCUGGGGAUGGCGUGCAUCAUCGUCUCGAGUGUGGUGGUGGGUCUGGCACAGACGCACCACCACACCACUGGGGCGUGGCCUGGCUAUGGCGCCGUUGCGACAUCGGCGCAUGAGAUCGUCCUGAGGCUACUGGUCUUUCCCGGACGGUGAGCGAGUCAGUCCGUAUGCAUCAACGGCGCUCUCUCUGUGUGUGUGCGUGUCUGUGUGUAGGUGGCUGUACGGCUCGUUCGAUUACUGCAUUCUGCCCUGGAUCGGCCUCACUCUCUUCGGCGUGGCUGCUGGUGGGUCAAGGAGGGGAGGAGAGGGGACACUGAAGCAGCCCCUCUCUGUCGUCUAACCAACCAACCGGUGUGUAUGUUAUGUGUAGGUGUUGAGAUGCGCGAGGAUGUGCGCGGUGCCCAGGUGCGGUGUCUGGUCAACGCCCUGCUGUCAGCCAUGUGCUUCUUGAUGCUGCGCACGCUCGGAGGCGCUUUCGGCAACCUCAGGGGCUGGCCGAGAGGCGAGCACGCCGGGCCCAUGAGGGGGUUCCUCACUUUCAGCAAGUACCCACCGUCUCUCUCCUACUUACUGCUCACCCUUGCCGUCAACUUGCUGCUUAUCGCUAUCGCUAUCGCUGUCGAUACUCUGCUUACACCCAGUAAGAGCUCAGCAACGAGGGAAGGACACUCCACGUGACUGACGUGCCACACACACAGACGGAGCGCUGCAUUCAUUGUGUGUGUAUCAAAUCAAAUCGGUGUGUGUGUUUUGAUUGCAGAGUUGCGGCCGCGUCCGAUAGUGCCUGGUUCAGUCGCGCAGCCCCAGUCCAGGGACAUUGGCUUCCAGCCGCACCAGUCGUCGGCCGCCUCGUCAGCCUUUUACCCUCCGUACCCCUACGGGCUGCCCCUCCCCGUGCCCCUGCCCCCCUCCUCCAUCGACACCCUCCCCCCCGGACACACACACAUGCACAUGACCACCAUGGCCACCAUGACCAGCACCACCAGCAGCAGCAGCACCGGCAGCAGCUCUGCCUACACCCACAUGGCCCACCUGGCAUCCACCAGCAGCACCGUCCCCACCGAGUCGAUGAGCGACGGCUAUUUCGGCAAGAAAAAGGACUAUGGCUGGGGAUCCUACCCCUCCAUGGCUGGUGCUGGUGGUGCGGACGUCGGCAGGAGUCUCAGCGCGGAGGCGGCCAACGCCACGCCGACCCGACUGCGCGAGCAGCGCCCGCGGCGCGGGAAGACCUGGGGCUUGUGGUGGCAGAGACAGGGCGGGCGGCUGGUGUCCCCUCUUGUCAACUACGGCAGGGCGCCCUUGUUCUUCUACGGCGUCCAGCUGGCUGCUCUGGGGGUGUUCGGGAUAGUGCUGCGGCUGGUGUGGCGGGUGGACGGGCUUCCUCUGGCGUGGGUGUGGGUGCCCUGGGUGGUCCUGCUGGUGGGGCUGCAUUUUGCGGCCAAGGCCUACAGCCAAUGGAAGCUGCGCAGCCCACUGGUGUCUUGGAGACACCUCCUGUGAGUGAGGCAGCCAGCGCAUUGCAUUUAGCGCCGUCCGUUGGCUGUGCAGUACAUGGGGAGGGAGGGCGCGGUUGCGUUGUGUGUGUGUGAGUUAGUCUCAUGAGGGGGUGGGUGGGUUGAGUGGCCGGACCGGACAGACCCCCCUCUCUCUCUCUCUCUCUCUGUGUGUGUGUGUGUGUCUUGUUUGUGUCAAGGUGCUUGCAUCGGCAAGCGCGGCGCAGUCUCAUUCUCUCGUCCGCUUCCCCCCCUUCUCCCGUCAGUUUUCUUCUCUCUCGUCCGUCCGUCCGUCCGUCCGUCUGUCCGUCUGUCCGUCUGUGUGUCUGUCAGUUUGUAUGAGUUGGUCCCUCCCUCUAUGGUGUGGUUGUUGGUGUGUUAUAUAUAGAGAGACCCAACCCACAUGCACCCACAGCUAGGGGCGGAAAGGACGGCCGGCCGGCCGUCCGCAGUACAUUCAUUCAUUACAUGACAUAUAUGAACGAUGCUACAGUCUACGGUAGGUACGCCGCUACAGUACCUGCGGUACGGUGCGCACAGUGGCGUACCUGCCGCCUCGUUUGUCUGUUGUUUCUCUUAUAAAUACAUAUAGAAAGAACGACCAGCACGGCUCGCACAAGGCAAGGAUGUCUGGCGUGGCGGCCUGCCUACCUGCCUACCUGCCUGCCUGCCUGCCUGUCAGUCAGUCAGUCAGUCAGUCUGCGCGAGUCCGUCACUGAGUGUGUGUGCGUGUGAGUGAGUGAGCUGGUGUGUUGUGAGGUGGGUUUUCAUGAUUACUCGACUGGAUACCAUACAGGCAGGGAGGUGGGGUGUGCGCCUGAACAGAGAGCUAGCCAGUGGCCGGCACUGACAUGCAACCAAUCAAGCAAAUCACAUCAGUGGAUGGCUGCAGGCCGGCCUUUCAACGUGGCGGGCCUGCAGCGGGCCGGGCUGGGGGAGGGGGAUGCACUAAUCUGCCGUGCCGUGGCGCGGCGUGUGUUUACUAGAG